CCUGCCACAGCCAACUCGACAUACCUGUUGAAUUCAGACGGUGAUGGUGAUUGUAACAAACAACAGUCUCCAUCUGCGUGAAAAACAAGCAUUUUCGUGGAAAUUGUGGCUUUGGUGGCGGUGUUUCCGGGGAAAUUGUGAUGUUUGACGUGAUUUAGUUGUGAUUUUCACGGAUUUCCGGGCUUGUGUCCCUGUGCCAUAAAAUGCAUCACUCUGUCUAAAAUGGCCCUCAAACUCCGCAAAGACAUCAAAAAAUCCUCCUACUACGUGUGGUUCCUCGGCGCGAAGGAAUCCAAGGGUCUCCGAGGCUCCGAAUACGCCCUUCCGGUCAUCAAACACCUCGAAGAGCGCGAAAAGGACGUCGAGCCCUUCAAGGUCACUCUUCAAGUCUCCCACAAGGGCCUCAAAAUCAUCCAAAAUGUCGUCUCGCAAAAGGGCUCAAAACCCAAAAACGAAACAAUCAAACAUUUUAUUCCUCACAACACAAUUACUUGUGUUUAUCAACACGAAGAUGUGAUUGCGUGCAUUUUGCUCUUGUUUAAUCCUGUCACAAAGUGUCCUUUACAUGUUCAUGCGUAUAGAUGUGACAGUUUGGAGACGGCAACGUUGCUGAAACAGCAAUUACAGACGCUUAUUGAAAGGCCUGAAAAUCAGAAGAAGUUUGCGGAGAUUGAGAGUCGCCUGAAAGGGGGGAAGGAGGGGAAGAAGGUGGAGUCGUCAGUGGGGAGCGACACGGGGACGAGCACGAGGGAGAGCGAGUCCAGCGAAGAAAGAUUCGCUGUUGAACCAACUCGCGUGACCACCCUGUACGACUCAGUGGCGGCGGAAUUGCGCGAAAAACUCGCCAAAAACAACGUCCCAAUCCUGCUCCCCCCACGCGACUACGACACUGUCCACCGCCAAAAGGGCAAUCUGACGGGAAUUGAACUCCGCCGCUGUCUCAACGCCAACAUCGUCGGCCAAAACGCCAAAGGGCGAAGACUGGAAAGCAGUGGCGGCAGCUCAGGGAUCGGCUCCGAUCACCCCCCAAGCCCCGACUCGCCCGACGCCCCUGACACCAGAUUCAACACUUUGGACAACCAAAGCACGAGCGACGAAGACUGGAACGGUGACCCGGCCGACUCCACCCUCUACCUGAUGCCCGCCCCGCCCCAAGUGACAUUGCCCCGCCCCAAUCGUGAAAAAUCCCCCGAACUGCCACGUUAUUACAACCAAUCAAAACCAAGUACCCGCGACAUUGCUAAAUAUCUCGAAAAACCAAUUUCAAAAUAUCUAGAACGUCAAAAACACUCCUACGAAACAAAAGAAAAACCAAUGAAAUACUUCGACGAUGAUGGUUUUGAUGAAAAUUUACGUUACAGGAACCGCCCCCGGUACGAAUUCACGUAUCAGGAACCGCCUGUUCCCAAAGCGCGUCAGAGAUACCCAUCGGAUGACUCUCGUUAUUACUCCGCCCAACGAAGCCCCUCCCCUGUGGAAACCUCCCCACGUGACCGAUUUAAAGACGCCAAAGAGAAGUUUCUGUCAAUGGAAAAGGAGCGUUUGAGUCACGAACCGCCCAUUUCGCCAAUCAAACGCCAUGAAAGUAUGAUGUACGCCCCUAAACCCGCCCCUCGACACGUCUCCGAUCGAGAUGUGCCGUUAGGGCGGUACCGAAAUGACAAAUACGAUCCGAAAAGGAGGUCCAUGUUUAGUUUGAUUGAGGAGGAGCAUCGGAAAAACUCCAAUGAAAUCGCGAGGGAGUUGAAGAGGCGGAGCUACAUGGAUGAUGACGUCAGAGAUACGGAUUAUAAUUUGUCGAAAAGUACAGUCGAGUUGGAUCAAGUGGGAGAGGGGAUGUAUAAGAAGGGGGGGUAUAGACAUAGUUAUGCCGAACCUAAAUUAAGGGUGGAAAAGGGGGGGAAGAAACAUUUCGAAAUGUUACACAGGACCAAUAGCGUGACGAAUAAUGGAAGGGUGGGGAUUGCAAGUGUGCAUCCAUAUUAAAUGCUCAUUGUGUAUAUAGGGGACAUUAGUUAAGUCGUCUAGUGUAUAUUUAUUUCUCUUGAUGUGCCUUUUUAAGAGGAGGAGCCAUUUAGGAACUUUUGGUUUCCUCACUAACAAACUAAUUAAUGGUUUUUUAUUUAGUUAUUUAUCUUUUUAUAUAAUUUAUGUAUUUCUGGUUUUGUAUAUUAUAUCAGAUGUCUAUUUAAACGCAAAUUCUAUUUUAAUAAAUGAUUUUUUUACAA